CUCAAAAUCCCAUCCUUCCUUUCUCUCUCCGCCUAUACAUAUAUACACACACAUAUAAAUAUUUACGGACAUUUUGUGUGUAUACGGCUGUGCUAAAAUAAAGUUAAGAUUUUGGAGCGAACAUACGGUUGGUUUUAUUGCUUUGAAUCUGAGCUGUGCAAUGAUGGAAAUUUUUGAAAUCGAAUUUGGAUUUUGUUGAAAUUUGGAUUUGUUGUAGUUGGAGAAAAUUAUCGGUUCUUCGAGUUGAGAAUCUGGGGAAUUUGAGUUGAAUUUUUAUUUUUAUUUUUUAAAUUUAUUUUGGUGGCGGAUUGUUUUGUGAUUUUGAAUGGAGAAAAGUGAGGGAGGGGAUUUCCCUCCGAAACAGGCUCAAGUGGAGGUGGCUUCGACGGCUGCUGCGGCGGCGGCGCCGCCACCUGUGGAAGCGGAUUUUCCGACGAAGAAGCUGGCGAGGCAGCUGGAUUUCACGGGGUUUAGUGGCGGCGAUGGCGGGGGAGAUGGGAAUGCAUCGGCGGCCGUUUCGCCGGAGAAUUCUCAGCGGAUUGUACCCCAUGCGGUGAAGACAACCCAGCCGCACCUCACUGUGAAGGAAGGCCAGCCUCCUCGAUCACAAUUGCCGCCACAACCACAAUUACAGCCACACUCACAGUCGCAGCAACAUUUACUACUGAUGCCGAUGCAGCAGCCUUCAGCGCAAUCUCCUCAUCCUUCAAUACGACCUCUGAAACCAGAAUCACCAAGAGUUCGGCCUAGGCAAAGUGCUAGUGAAAUAAAAGAUGGUACUCCAAAGAAGCAAAAGCAGUGUAACUGCAAACACUCUCGAUGUUUGAAGUUAUAUUGCGAAUGCUUUGCAUCUGGUAUCUAUUGUGAUGGGUGCAACUGUGUAAACUGUCACAAUAAUGUUGAAAAUGAAGCUGCCAGGCGAGAAGCUGUUGAAGCAACUUUGGAGCGUAAUCCAAAUGCAUUUAGGCCUAAAAUUGCUAGCAGUCCCCAUGGAGUUCGGGACAGUAAGGAGGAAACUGGGGACGGUAUAAUCUUGGGAAAACAUAAUAAAGGAUGUCAUUGCAAGAAAUCUGGAUGCCUUAAAAAGUAUUGUGAAUGUUUCCAAGCCAACAUUCUUUGUUCAGAAAAUUGUAAAUGUAUGGACUGCAAAAAUUUUGAAGGAAGUGAAGAGAGGCAGGCACUCUUCCGUGGAGAUAAUGCCAACAACAUUGCAUAUCUUCAGCAGGCAGCAAAUGCUGCAAUAACUGGUGCCAUUGGAUCCUCUGGUUAUGGAUCUCCUCCAGUAGCCAAGAAAAGAAAGGGCCAGGAGUUAUAUUUUGGGCCAACAUUGAAAAUCCCUGUUCAUGCACUUGGGCAGUUCCCACAGAGCAACCAUAUUAAAGCUUCUGUUCAACCUGCUUCGAUGCCUUCAAUUCCCAGUUCUCAUGCUGGUAAUGCAGCAGCAUUGGGCCCUUCAAAGUUCACUUACAGGUCUCUAUUGGCAGACAUCGUCCAACCACAGGAUGUGAUGGGAGUUUGUUCAUUCUUGGUCUCAUGUUCAAGAGAAGCUGCUAAGAUGCUUGCAGAUGAAAACGAUGCUAGAGUGAAGGAAGCAGAAGAGCAUAGAGAAACAUCAGCUACCUCAUCUCAAGAGAGGUUAGGGGAUUUGAAAGAUUCUCUUGGAAAGGCUUUACCUGAUUAUAGCUCCAGUGAGAACUGUGUUGAAAAAGCAAGUUCAGAUGAGCCCGACGUAGAUGGCACUCAUAUGUCAGAAGGAGGGCCAGUGUCUCCAGGAACACUGGCACUGAUGUGUGAUGAACAGGAAACUGUGUUUGCUGCUGCCUCCCCCGAUGAAAUAAACCUUGGCAGUAAUAUGUCUUCCCAGUUGCGACGUGGGCGAAGCAUGACAGAAGCGUAUGCAAAGCAAGAGAGCAUUGUUUUGACAAAAUUUCGUGAUUGCCUUAACAAGCUUAUUACAUUAGGAGAAAUAAAAGAAUCACGAUGUUCUUCAAUGGCACGGGCUUCAGAGUCAGAUUACCGGAAAGGCAUAAUCAACAACACAUCUACAGUCACUGAAACGCAAAACCAAAAGGAACCCUACAGCAAUGGUAAGUCUGUCGUUCCAUCGCCAUCAAGAACAUCUCAAGUGGUUACUUCCGCAAAUGCUGGUAGUGAUAAUAGUACUAGACCAAAAGGUCCAUCCCCUGGAGAACACUGAUGAGAAACUGCAUAAUGUGAAAAUAUAACAAUAGAGAUAACUAUAGGUUGAGAUUUCCCCAAUAAUGCUGCUGAUGCAUUUUUGUACUUUAGGCCAUUGCUCUUCCUUGUGCCUUUUUUUUGGAUGCAGCAGUGAGAUUAUUUUAGGAUUCAAUUUAGUAGUGGGAACUAACCACUUAUAGAGGAUUCUUAGUUUCUUACAGUCUUCAUUGGUUAUAAUAUGAUCGAAAGUUUUCCAA